AUUCAAACCACUCCAAAGUACUGAGAACACUAACGUUAUAGAUAGUUCUUUACCUGAUCCAAUUAAUAUAAUAAUUAUCUACAAACAACUUGGAAUUAAUAUUAACGUUAAUAGUUAUUGAUAAUUGUUGUGACCCACUUAGCCCUUAAAGAUCAAACAUCUCGUGGUAUAAAACAGUAAAAUUCCGAAAAAUGUCAGUUUCACUUUCCAUAAAUAUUUAUCCUAACCUCACUCAUUCUCUAAAAACCAAUUAAAAUUAUUUACAUAGUUGUGGUGAUUGUCUCCUAUCCUUGAAACGUCGUCUGACGAUGUAAAUAAUAACUCGAACUCGUCAAAACGUUAGUAAAAACUUCGUGAAUAAAUAAAAAAGACAAUGCAAAGGUUCAUUUAAUCAACAAAUAAAAUUCACUGAUAAAAGACAAAAUGGAUCCAAAUGUUGGAGGCACAAGUGACACUGCUGACAGCAAAGAAAGUGCAGUGGACAUAAUUCGUCACAGUCUUCGUAGAGAGGCUGAAAACGAUAGGAAGUAUCAUCGAAACCAAGAGUUCAAUAAACUCCGUUAUACAGCACUGGGUGUGCAUUUAAAUGAUAAACGACAGUCUGGGUGGUCAGGGAAGUUUCUCGUACAAAAGGGAAAGGAACUCAAGAGAAAGACAUUGUCAGCAGAGGAUUAUAAACAACUGGCAAUAGCUCUGCUCCAGGACAACAAGAAUAUCAAUGAAUUCAUGUCGAUCGAGCAAAUUCUACCAGCAAUUGUUCGUGAUUUGUCCAGCCCAAAUCCAGAGAUACAAUUGUUGGCAAUGCACUGUUGUUGUAAUAUCGCCCUCAGUGAUCGAAAACAUUCUGUUGCAUUGUGUAAGCAUAUUGAAUCAUAUCUGAUAACGCAAUUGGAGAGUCGGAGUAAUCCCCUUUUGGAAGCAAAUAUCUGGACGAUCGGAAAUCUCUGUAACAGCGAGUCAAAGGAAAUCCUCGAGGAACUUCACAAUUUAGGAUGUCUCCACCGCCUCUGCUCGUUAUUCAAGUCGUGUCAAAGCACAAUUAUGCCAUCAAUUGCUUACGCUCUUAAAUUCUAUUUAUUCGGAAAGUCUUCUGAAGGAGUUGUCAGGGAAUCAGACUUCAUUCAGGUGACACAGAUCGUAGUAGAACGUCUGCUGAAGGAAAAUCACAUGUCAUCCGACAUACUCUGGCUCCUGGCCUUAUUGUCGUCGACAUCGAAAACUUGUAGAAAUAAUCUCUCUCCACUUGUCACCCCGAUCCUCUCGCAUCUUGGGACUAUUAUGACGCGAGGGCGGGAGGAUUCAAAGAGUCAUGGGAAAGAGGUCAUUGCUAUCGUGAGAUUUCUAGCGAAUUUAGUAUCUGAACAAUCAGGAACUGUAGCAGAUUCGAUUCUCGCAUCGAAUGCACACUCUGAAGAAAGCGGUUCACCAAAAAUUCUGAAUAAAUUAUUAUCACAUCCACAGGUGUCUGUGAGAAAAGAAACUCUGUGGCUGAUAGGUAAUCUUUACAAUCAUUCGUCCUUGCGAGUGAGUAAUUUGUUGAAGAAUCACCUGGAAUCUUUGGAUUUCUCUCUGGCCGUGGAAUCCGUAUAAAAUUAUCGACUCUUGGAUGAUAGUUCCGACGACACAGAUAUUCAUUUCUAUGUAUUAUUUCUAUUUGAUUAGAAAGACAAUUUUGUUGACGCAAAUCUUCUCACUUGGUUGGUAGACAAUAAUUUUGAAUUCACACUCUUUGGCAAGUCCUCUACACAUCCCACCUUAAUGACAUUGAAAUAUAUUUUUCCCAAGAUGUUCGCUGUUUUUGUGCCAACACUCUUCAGACAAUUGUAGAAAGCGUUAUCGCAGUCGCAAUGAGACCUGUUAGAGCAGAAUGAGAUGGAAUUGGUGGAUAAUUUAAGUACUUAGUAGCAAAACAAAUGGAUAUGAAUAAAAUUCAUAGAUACUUUUUAGAAAAUGCGAGACGAUUGUUAUUUUUUUUAUUCUAUUGAUCUUUCUAUUUGUAUUAAAAAAUGUCACAGGUCUUCUACGAAAUUUGUGAAUGGGAAAUGUUUCUAUCAACAUGAAUUAUUGUUAAAUAAAUUGAUGGUUAAGGAUAAUGUGAAUUUCAUUCAUUUCUAUCCAAAGAAAAUGACAAAUAAAAAGAAGAUACACAUCUGGCUUUGAA